AUCCAGCAGCACACACCACCCCUCGUUCUCCCCAUCCACCCGAGCGACAGCUAGGGUUCCUAGCCGCCGCCAGCACCGCCGCCGGCCCUCCACCGCCGCGCGCCCAGCCGCCGGCGCCGCCUCCCCGCUGUGACCUCCUCCCUCGUCCACUGCCCGCCGGACCUCCUCCCUUCGCCUCCCCGCGGCCCCUCCCCGUCGCGACAUCAUCCCUCCUUCAUCGCCGGCCCUCCACCGCUGCGCGCCCAGCCGCCGGCGACGCCUCCCGCAACUCCAGCGCGACCUACUCCCUCCAUUCUGCAAGAUGGAUUCAAGGAUGGAAGAAGUGGCCAAAAAGGGCCAGGAGGGAUUGAAAGUUCUAGCUGAACUUGGGAAGCAGGUUGCUAUCAUGGGAAACCUAGGUAACCUCUAUGUUGAGCGGUACUUGAACAAAAUAUACAGAUUGCCUCAGCAAACAGGACUUCAACGGGUCAUGGAGUGUUAUGGUCGUCCCCAAUACUUUUAUAAAAUGUUUCGGAUGAGCACUGAUGUUUUCAUGGCACUUCAUGAUUUGCUUGUCUCUACAUAUGGUUUGACAUCAACCACUAAUGUUUCCUCAAUUGAGUCACUGGCCAUGUUUUUAUGGAUCGUUGGAGGCCCUCAAUCAUUCGCUCAAGUUGAGAACCGUUUUGUACGGUCACUUUGGACAGUUCAUACAAAGUUGCAGGAAGUUCUGUUAUGUUUGCGGAAGUUAGCGAAAGAUAUCAUCAAACCGACAGAUCCUACUUUUAGCUAUGAGCAUGAAAGGAUUAAAGAUGAACGUUUCUGGCUUCAUUUCAAAGGUGCUAUUGGUGCAAUAGAUGGAUCACAUGUGCCAGUUUCAGUACCAGCGGAUGAUUCGGUUAACCAUAGAUGUCGGCAUGGUUUUACAUCUCAGAAUGUGCUUGCAAUAUGUGUGCUUGCAAUAUGUGACGUUGACAUGAGGUUUACUUUUGUGGUUGCGGGUUGGCCGGGUUGUGCACAUGACACCAGGAUCUUGAAUCAUGCAUUAUCACAUUUCUCUUCAUUUCCUGUACCUCCCAAAGGGAAAUAUUAUCUUGUGGACUCCGGAUAUCCAAAUCGAACGGGAUACCUUGCUCCUUUCAAGGGGAGUACAUACCAUCUAUCGGAAUUCCGUCUUUGUCGUGACCGUCCACCUCAAGGGAAGUAUGAGGUGUUCAACUUUCUACAUUCAUCCCUUCGAGAUGUUGUUGAACGUACUUUUGGGGUGCUCAAGCAGAAGUGGCACAUAUUGAAAGGAGUCCCAAGUUUCUCACCUCUUACACAGAAGCAUAUCAUCAUUGCUUGCAUGGCAUUGCAUAAUUUCAUUCGUGAUAGCAAGUUGCGUGACAAAAUUUUUGAUAAAUGUGAUGCCGAUGAUGAGUAUGUACCUCCAAUGCUACGGCGAGAGGUGGCACCAACACAAGCUGAUCCGGUUGAAGAGGAGGAGAACGAAGAUAGCAUGAAAAAUAUUCGUAGUAGGAUAGCCGAUGCUUGUCUAGCGAUGGCAACAUAAGUUUAGCUAUGUUGACAGAGGUCAUCAUCAUGUGAACGAUAUGUGUUUUGUAUGGUGCAUGUGUUUUGUAAUAAUAUUAUGGGAUCACUAUCUAUUUUAUGCAACAUCAAAGUAUAGUCGUUUGCGUA